GUUGUGCUUCUCGAUACCGAUUUGUUGUCAUAUCAAGCAUGGCCACCAACUCGCUGUCAAAGGUUCUUUUCCGGUUUCGUACACGACGAAGGAGAUAUUAAAUAAUGGGCCGUUACUCACGUGAGCCAGAUAACGCCACCAAGUCGUGCAAGGCGCGCGGACCGAAUCUACGUGUUCACUUUAAGAACACCCACGAGACCGCGCAGGCCAUCAAGCGCAUGUCCCUGCGUCGUGCCCAGCGUUUCCUCAAGGCCGUCAUCGAUCAGAAGGAAUGCGUUCCUUUCCGCCGAUUCAACGGUGGCGUCGGCCGUUGCGCCCAGGCCAAGCAGUGGAAGACCACACAGGGUCGCUGGCCCAAGAAGUCCGCCGAGUUUCUCCUGCAGUUGCUGCGCAAUGCCGAGGCGAACGCUGACUACAAGGGACUGGAUGCCGAUCGUCUGGUUGUCGAUCACAUUCAGGUGAACCGCGCCCAGUGCCUGCGUCGUCGCACGUACCGUGCUCAUGGUCGCAUCAAUCCCUACAUGUCAUCCCCAUGCCACGUUGAGGUUAUCCUCUCCGAGAAGGAGGAGAUCGUCGCCAAGGCGACCGACGAUGAGCCUGCAAAGAAGAAGCUCUCCAAGAAGAAGCUGCAGCGUCAGAAGGAGAAGAUGUUGCGUUCUGAAUAAAAUGUGUUCUGGAACGGGUGCAGCGGCGGUGGGCAUCACUAGCCGUCAGUCGCCCAGGCCGGUGUUAAACAACUAAAAACAUAAAAACCAAACCCGUAAUUUUUUUCCAUCAAUACAAACAUUAAUUUACAA